GUUUCGUUCCCUUGCGUUUCAUCGCUCGUUCGUUCUCUCACUCUCCUUCUCUCCCUCUCUCUCUCUCUCUCUCACUCACUCACUUUCCUUCCUCUUUCCCCCAUGGCGAUCGCUGCAGAAGUGCAAUCUGAAGAAAAGACUUCUUCAGAGGUUUCCCCAGCAGAGAAGAAAAGGUGGACUCUGAAUGAUUUUGACAUUGGGAAGCCUCUCGGAAGAGGAAAAUUCGGUCAUGUCUAUUUGGCGAGGGAAAAGAAGAGCAGUCACAUCGUUGCACUUAAAGUACUUUUUAAGAGCCAGCUCAAGCAAUCUCAGGUUGAGCAUCAGCUACGCAGGGAGGUUGAAAUACAAAGCCAUCUACGGCACCCUAACAUCCUACGCCUCUAUGGAUAUUUCUAUGAUCAGACACGGGUUUAUUUGAUACUAGAAUAUGCAGCCAAAGGUGAACUCUACAAGGAGCUUCAGAAAUGCAAGUACUUCAGUGAAAAGCGUGCUGCCACGUAUAUUUCAUCAUUAGCACAGGCACUCAUAUAUUGCCAUGGAAAGCAUGUUAUACAUAGAGAUAUCAAACCGGAGAACCUUCUGAUUGGUGCGCAGGGUGAACUGAAAAUUGCAGAUUUUGGUUGGUCUGUGCAUACAUUUAAUCGCAGGCGGACCAUGUGUGGUACACUGGAUUACCUUCCACCUGAGAUGGUCGAGAGUGUAGAACAUGAUGCAAGUGUUGACAUUUGGAGCCUUGGUGUCCUCUGCUAUGAGUUCCUUUAUGGGGUACCCCCAUUUGAAGCGAAAGAACACUCAGACACAUAUAGAAGGAUAGUAAAGGUGGAUCUCAAGUUUCCUCCAAAACCAAUGGUUUCUUCAGCAGCAAAGGACCUUAUUAGUCAGAUGCUUGUCAAGGAUUCUUCAGAACGUCUCCCACUACACAAGCUUCUUGAGCAUCCAUGGAUUGUUCAAAAUGCAGACCCCUCUGGUAUCUACAAGUGUUGAAUUGCAGAUAGGAGACUUUUUCUCUUUUGUGAAACCUUGAAGCUGGCAGGGCCAGGGAUGUUCCUCGAUUGAUGGUAUCAGCAAUAUGGUUACUGAUGCAAUUAAAUGUGGAAAUUCGCUCAGAGACAAUGUGUAAAUUUGGAUGCAUGCUGCUGUCUGCAGUCACAUUCAGACAUAAAUAAUACCAUGGUAAUCAAGAUGUUUAUGUCCAGUCAAUGUUACAUGUAACUUAUAUAUUUGUUCAAUGACAUCAUAAAAUGCAAUUUC